AUGCAUUCUCCUUCGUCCCAGCUUCUACGCGCCCUGCGCAUUUCACUCUCAGGUGUUUCGAACUCCGCCAGCCUCCGCACUAGCACAUCCCGGUUUCCUCGUGCGUCGCCAUGUCUUGCCAUGGGCUCGGCGUUUUCGAUCCGAACCACCCACCGUAACAACAGCUCGUACAGCCGUCCAUCGCGUCUUGUUUCGCGGUCCCAUACGCACAAACCUACCAGCACAGACCGUGGCCCGGAGUCUGACGAAGAUACCACGACGGAUUUUGGCGCUCUCGAUGUGCUGGGCGGCGCUCCUGCACCUGCCGCCGCCAUUGACGCCACGCUAGAUACUGGCUUCGAUCUGAGCAACGGCCAGAGAGUUCGAAACGGCGACGCAUUGCUCCUGGUUGGUGGCGAGGCAUUCUUGUGGCGACCUUGGAAGGCUAUUAAGGGUGCGGAGAACGACCGCGCGGCCAAGGCAGCGAUGGUCAACGCUAAGGGCCAGUUCGAAGUUCCGGAGGAGGUGUGGGGACUGUUGAGUGUCGUGUGGCCUCGUCCAGAUAUCAUGAUUCUCGGCCUCGGCCAAAACACCAUGCCUUUGUCACCCGAGACUAAGCGCCAUAUUAAUGCUUUGGGUAUUCGGGUGGAGGUUCAGGAUACGCGGAAUGCGGCUGGGCAGUUCAAUCUGCUGGCUACGGAGCGGGGUGUUUCGGAGGUCGCUGCGGCGAUGAUCCCCAGUGGAUGGAAGGGGCGGUCAUAA